AUGACACGCCUUCGCGCGCCUCAUCUUCGGGUGCGCGCCGCCACAGCUCAUGACCUCAGUGCCAUGGCAACGAUUGUUUACGAGGCAAUGCCAUCAGACCCUCAGUGGAACUACAGGUUUCCCCUCCAGAAGAGAUUCCCCGAGGACAACUACGGAUGUACUCGCCAGAUGCUCAAGUCGAUGCUUGAGACAGACGGUGUUUACAUCAAUAUUGUCACCUUUCCUUCACCGUGUCUGCACGAGGACGAAGAGAUACCUGCGGCCGUCAGUUCCCCCUCCAACAUUACUGCUACCAACCCUCAGCAUUCCAUCUUUUACACGCGACUCACAUUGAACCUGAGGGCAGAAAAGCCAGAAUGUCGUCGAGAUGCAAACAUUGAGCACAUGAAUGCCUUCGCCACUGCCCUCCAGUCGGCCAAGAAGUCGUACUCCGACAGCAAAUACCAGUCUCAUCACCUCCACCUGCGCAUACUUGCAACCCAUCCCGACUUUCAACGCCGAGGUGCAGCAUCGGCACUCUGCCGCUGGGGAGUUGAGUAUGCAGGGGAGCGCAAACAGCCCGGGACGCUGUUCGCAAGUCCCAUGGGCCGGAAGCUCUACACCUACUUGGGAUUCAAAUAUCUAGGGACGGUCCCGGUUCAGGUUGAAGGGGAGGAUGAGAAGCUUUCCAUUGGGGCCAUGAUGUACUCUUAUCCGGAUGAGGGUGAUAUCUCUCCACCAGUCGGUCCGGAUGAUGGAGUCCAGCAGCUCAGGGAGUGA